UGCAUAAAGUCAUGUAAACCAGGGGAUACACUAUCACAAGGGCUGGCAGUAAAGACAAGUUUUUUCCAUGGGUGACAUUUAACGCCACACGCUGACUGAAGAGGCUCUGUGCGUAUUGCAGGGACAGCUCUGGAUCUACGCUGGCCACUACUGCGCAAAUCACGAGUGUGCUGUUUGGUAGUGGUUUGAGUGGUUUGUUGUUUUUUGGAGACGCCAUAUGUACUCUCCUCAGCGCACAGCUUCCUUGAGUGUACACUUCUUCAAAGAUGUCUUUUUUAACCAUACCAAGUCAAGAGGGGCUUUUUAAGACGAUUAAAACUGACAAGUCAGACGAGGAGGCAAAGAGUAGGUCCUCCACGCACGACGAGGAUAAUAAUGAUGAUGACGAGGAUGAGGAUGAAGAUGAUGACACCGAGGAUGUCCGCCUCAUCCCAAGAUGCUCCCCGGUGCCCAGAAAGCGAGGCCAGUCCAUCCACGACGAGACUGCCGAGUAUAUGCGGAUCCACUUGGCGCUGUCUGACGGAAAGAAAGUGUCUUUCGCCGAUACAACAGGUGGGGAUCUGGUGGAUGUGAAGGAGUUUGUUGCCUUUGAUUCAGACGACGAAGAGGAUAGUGCGAGGUGGGAGGAAGAGGAGGCAAAGUACCGCAAGCCAGAGCGAGAGCCGACCUAUCGAGUGCUGCCAGAGUUUAACGCACCUGUCGGCAGUGCCCUGCUGCAGGCUGUGCACACUAAUAAACUGGAGGUAGAGCAGAUAUCUCCAGUGGAGGAUGAGCCUCUUGCCUUCAGUGGUUUGAUACGAGUCCUGAACAUCUCCUUCCACAAAGCAGUUUAUAUCAGAUCGACCAUGGACAACUGGGCUACUUACUUUGAUCACCCAGCAGAUUAUGUCCUGGAAUCUAAUGAUGGGGACACUGAUCAGUUUUCCUUCAAGCUGUCUUUUGCACCACCUUACAUCACACAUGGCUCUCGCAUUGAGUUUGUUGUUCGCUAUGAAACAUCUGAUGGUGAUUUCUGGGCUAAUAACUCCUCUAUGAAUUAUGUGGUGACUCUGCUCCUGACCUAUGAAGAUGAUUCACCUCAAACAAACGUCAACAUGCAACAAAUGAAAAGUAUCCUGAGACAUCCGAAAAAUUACAGUAUGCACGAUAAUUUAGAUUCGGACGAUGAGCGGGAAGAGGAAGAAGAGGAGGCAGGAACCUCCACAUCAGGACUUGUCAGACCCAUAGCCAUCUGCCCUAUCAUCGUACAGCCAGAGAUUGACAUAGAGAUUGCAGUUCCCCCAUCUGGUCCCUCUGUCCCGCCCAACCACGAGCUUCCAUCUGCUGAUGGCACACUGUCCGCUCACACUGUAUCCCCAGGUGAACGAUUCCCUUGUUUGUCUUCCGAAACCACACUUCAAACUAAUUCAUCCUUUGUACUCUGUGCCAGCGAAUCAGUCCAGCCAAAUAAGUCACAGCCUUUACCCAGACUCCACUGUGAAUUAGGCAACCAAACGUCAGAGCAGCCCAUAGACAGUAGUCCCUCUGCGCUGCUGCCGUCUCUACAACGAGAGUCAAAGCCGAGAUCAGACAGCUCCCAGGCUGGCGGAGAGGAAAUCCCUCCUUCAGAGGGCUCUUGCAUGCAUCUUCCAGCCACAGAGACAAAUCUGUGGCCAACAGGAGAGGACAGAUCGACUGAAAGCCCAGCUAGUCAUCCUUGUCUUGAACUGGCAGCUGCCUGUGUCUCUGCUCCCAGUGUGACUCAGGCCUUUGAGCAAGAGGUUAUGUUGGGAUUGAGUGAAUUUAUUGCAGGACCAUCAGAAAUUUCCAGCAGGUCUCCAGCACAAUAUGAGAGCAGUACACCUGUGCUCCUGUCUCCUGUAGCAGAGAGUCAGGGGGCAGAAGGUGAAAGUCCAGCAUCACCUGAAGUCACAGAGAGCACCUCAGUGAGUUCAGGUGUCACUGAGGCGAGCCAAAACUUAGCUCUUCAGUCUGUCUCGGCCUGGGAAGAGACAGAAGAUGCUCCCCAGAUUUCCCCUGACGCAUUAUUAGAGAAUCUAUCAAACACACUGUCAGAGGCUUCUGAGGCCCGGUCUGAGCGUGACGUAAACAGGAAUCUGAUGCCAUCCAUCAUCUUCCUGAGUGGAGUCGUAUCCCUCUCGAUAGUGAUGCAGGAACCCAGUGCCCUCUUCUUCAUGGGACUACUUAUGGUCUUGCACCGUUUGUGAUUAUGCCACAAAAGUUCAUUCACGAAUUAAGUGCCUUGUCAUGAUUCCAAAAUAAGCCAUCAAGUUAAAACACAUGCUGAUGUUGUUUAUCUCUGUGUGAGUUUUUAGAUUAUUCAUCAAAGCAAAGAUCUAUUGGGUACAAUUUAUGAGUAUUUCCAUGCCAAGUGCAUAUCUUUGACAAAGUCAUUAUAAAAAUAUUGGUGAUAUUUUCAUUUCUUGUCAUGUGGAGAUGUGUGUAUGUGGUGUUAUAUUCUGAUUUAUUCAGUCAGUACUAUAAUGCAGUUGUUUUUUUGAUUGUUGUUGUCAGUGUGUAGCUUAGGUUGUUGUUUAACCACACUGCCAUGAAUUUAACUUUUGUGAAUUCCAUUUGUUUUUAUGUCUUUAUUGAAGGACAGAAAAAAAACACAUUACCAUAGUGGGACACUGAACAGACUUAUAAUAUAAAUGGGUAUUUUUGUUUAUGAAAGCAAAACAUAGAGUAUUUUGCCUUAAUGCUUAAAAAAUGACAAUUUGAUGACCUUUAGAAAAGGAUCAGAUUGAAAUGUAUGCUGCUUGAAGGACAAAACAAGUGGAAAAUCUGUCCAGUGUGACAUGUGAAAGUGAUAUUUAUUAUUAGAAAACACCAGCCCCCUCACUCACUGUUGCAUAUUUGGUUUGAUAAAUCAAAACUUUGACAACCUCCCAGACAGACUGAAGCACUGAAUGACAUGUUUGAAGUGAUGAAAGUUUUUGCAGUGUAUU